AUGAUAAAUAUAUAUUCAAGUCAGCAAUCAAACCAGGAAAAUGGUAUUGAGAAUACUGAAGAAAACAUAAAUACAAAUAAUAGUAAUAUAAACAGCAAUAUGGAAAAUAAUAUAGAAAAUAUAAAUAAUAACAAUAGCAAUAUAAACAAUAACAAUAACAAUAGUAAUAAUAAUAAUAUGAAUAAUGGUAUAAUUAGUAAUAGCAAUUGCGAAUCUCAACAAAUAGAAAAUUCAAUUUAUUCAGGAAAUGAAAAUUAUAUGAUAGUUAGCAGAGUUUUAUCAAAUAAUGAUUUUUUAGUUUCUAAUGGAAGUAAUGGUAAUUUAACUCUAACAGCAAGUGGAAACUAUAUACCAAUAGUCAAUAACAACAAUAUAAAUUUAAAUACAUCUUUACCUCCAACUCCACCAAUUCCACCACAAUAUGGUUAUGGUACUCUAACACCAACAAACUCUGAUUCAGAUUCAGACUAUUCAGAUUGUUUAUUACCAGAUAUUAAUCGGAGCCAUAGUAAUGAUAAAAGUUUAAAUAAUGACAAUAACGGUUAUGAGGAUAGUGAAGAAGAUGGCGAUGAGGAUUAUGAAGAAAGAGAUAAUCAAGAUGACACUUAUUAUAAAGUAGAUAAUUGUAAUAAAUAUAUAAAUGUAAAUAAUAAUAAAAAAUCAAAUCCAAUAAAUAUAAAUCAAAAAAAGAAUAAAAAAUCAAAACAAUUAGGUAUUGAUGAUUUUGAAAUUAUUGAAAUUGAAGAAGAGAAUGAAAUCAAUGGUAAUAAUACUCACAAUAGCAAUCAAAUGGCAUCAAGCAAUUCAAUUUCACCACCACAUCAAUCGCCAUUCAAACAACUUUUAACAAAUAAAUUAAGAUCAAUUAAAGAUAAAAUUGAAAAUUCACCAUCAGAAAAAUACAAUACAUUUCCAACAGAUAGGUUCAAUAAUAUACCCACUAGUGAUAUUAUACUAUAUUCAUCACCACUUCACAACAAUGACCAUUCAGCUAUAAAAGGGAGUGGUGGUUUAUUAAGCCACCAUCACCAUAUUACUAAUGGUAAUUUAUCAUUUUCUCCAAUUAUAGAUAAUAAAAGCUAUAGUAACAAUAAUAUAGAACAAAACUACAGUAGUAGCUUUGAUGCCCCAAAUACUCCAUUAAAUAUAAAUAAUAUAUCACCAUCAUCAUCAAUUACAAAAGAUACAUUUGACACCGACAGUCAAUAUAGCACAUCUAAUAACAAUAUAAUUUUAGAUAGUAAUAGUAAUAAUAAUGAUUUCAAACAAACAAUGUAUAACAAUAGUAGCUUAAUUAGAGGAUAUUCAAACUCGUCAAUAACUAGACCCGUUUCAAACUAUGAAAAAAGCAAAGUAAACUAUAAAAUUUUAAUAUUGCUAUCACUCUCAGUAUUUUUUUCAGUUAGUAAUUUAUACUAUGCACAACCAUUACUCAAUGAAAUUGGUAAAAUUUCUGGUGAAGAUACUCCAUUACCAUAUGGUAUUACAUCUUUGGUUACAAUGUCGGUUCAAAUUGGUUAUGCUCUAGGUUUGUUGUUCAUUUCAAUUUUGAGCGAAGUAAUGUCAAAAAAGAAAUUAACUUUGGUCCUAUCAAUGAUUAAUUGUGCCGCUUUAGUUGGUAUUGGUUUGUCAACUCAUAUUGCAAUGGUUAUAGUAUUUCACUUUAUCGUUGGUGUUUCCACCAUUAUUCCUUAUAUAGCCGUUCCUUUAGCUUUAGACAUGACUCCCAACCCCUCAGAUCGUGGUAAUAUUGUUAGUGUCCUUUUAUCUUCAGUAUUUGUUGGUCUAUUAGGUGCACGUGUUACCUCUGGUGUAAUUGGGUUCCUUUUUGGUUGGAGAGUAGUAUUUUAUUUUGCUGCCAUUACAAUGUUUAUCAUUUCAUUAUUAUUAUUUUAUUUCUUACCAUACACUCCAAGAAACCAGAAUAUUAUACCAUAUAACAAACUUUUAUUAUCAACUUGGGAAUUUUUAAAAAAGGAAAAAACUUUGAGACAAACAAGUUUCAUAGGAUCAAUGGUAUUUGCAACUUUUAGUAUACUUUGGACAACCUUAUCAUAUCGUUUAAAUGAUGAACCAUAUCAAUAUAAUAGUGGUUUCAUUGGACUUUUUGGUUUAAUUGGUAUGGCUGGAGCAAUUGCAUCACCAAUAAGUGGAAGAAUAGCAGAAAGAUUUGGAAUCAAUCGAUUAAUGGUAAUCUAUAUAUUUAUAUGUGCAUUGGGAUACUUUAUCUUAAUGUUUUUCGAUUUCCAUAUUGUCGGGUUAAUUUUUGGAAUAUUCAUAUUGGAUCUAGGUGUUCAAUCAUGUCAUAUCAGUAAUCAAUCAAGAAACAAUCAAAUAGCAAUCGAAGAAUCAUCAAAGUAUAGCAUGAAUACAAUAUAUAUGGCCUCCUAUUUAAUCGGUGGAUCUAUUGGUAGCGGAAUCAGUGGUGUCAUUUAUUCACAUUGGAAUUGGAGUGGUAGUUCAGUCGUUGCUUUAAUAUUUUUAGGUUUGGCUCUUACUUGCCAUUUAAUCACCUUUGAAAAGCCCUUCACUCAUUCUUUAGUUAAUAAUAAUAAUAACAAUAAUAAUAACAAUGAAAAUCACGACAUUGUACAAACAUAA